AAAAAUUCAAAUUUAAAAAAAAAUAAAUUACAUACUAUAUACUACCAAUACCAUUAUUAUUUAUACGAGCAAAUGAAUACUUCUGGUUACAAAUAUACAUAAAAGAAACAUAGUUAUGAGAAUGUAGAAUAUUCUUUUGAAAAUUCUAAUACUCAAAUUCCUAAUGGGAACCAAAAAACCAGAAGAGAAUUUAUAUUCUGUUAUGUACAACGAUUACAACACCAGUAUGCUCAGAGAUCCUAACGACCUUUUCUGCCUGGACCUCGUCAACUCACUUAACUUAAACAGUUCAUACAUAUAUGAGCUAGCUAACACCACCAGUCUUAUUAAAGAGUUUUUCUCGGGUCUCUACGGUCUAGCGAAUUCCUCAACGUCAUCUUCUUUGUUGAUUAGAUAUACUGAUAGAGAUUCUUUCACGCUUUACAGAUACAAAUUAAUCCAACUCUUAGCAAAUCCCCAAGUAGUUGUCGUUAAAAAUUCUCAUUAUUAUGCAGUUACCAUUGUUUUUGGUGCUCUGGCUAUCCUGAUCUCCAAAACGUUCGUCAAGUUAAGAAAAAAAAUGUUCCGCGAGCAUGGAAACAUUGACAGAACAUUUGACGCUGGCAGGAAAGUUUCAUACGGUUUAAUUGCUUCUUUAUUGAUUUCAAAUUGGACGUGGGCGGCAACGCUGCUUCAGUCUUCUACCGUCUCCGCUAAAUAUGGAAUAAGUGGAGCCUUCUGGUACGCAGCAGGAGCGUGCAUUCAGCUAAUUCUAUUCUCCAUGUUAGCCAUUCAACUCAAGAUCAUAGGACCGGGAGCUAAAACCUUUCUUCAGAUUAUAAGGAUAAGAUUCGGUUCAAAGUGUCAUAUACUGUAUUGCUCUUUCGCACUGUUGACAAAUAUUGUCGUAACUUCCAUGCUCAUGCUGGGUGGGUAUGGAGCUUGUAAAUACCUGAUAGAAGAUAUAAACAUCAUGAACUUUUCUCUCCUUAUGAUCGUAGUGACUGGCAGCUACACGCUAAUAGGAGGUCUUGUAGGCACCCUAUACGUUUCCUACUUCAACACUUCAUUCAUCUUCAUUUUCUUGCUAUAUGUGUGCCACAUGCUGUACAAUGAUCACUCCCAUAUAGGGGGUUUGAGACAUAUCUACAACAACUUGUAUUGCAUGAAAGGUCCAUAUAAAAAUUUGGAUAACAGUUAUUUAACAUUCGUUUCACUCUCGGGAUUUCAAUUCGGGAUCAUCAACCUCAUAGGCAAUUUUGGUGCCGUUUUUAUAGAUCAAUCUUAUUGGAACUGCGCCAUGGCUAGUAAACCCAAGAACAGUGUUAUAGGCUUCAUCUUAGGGGGACUUAUUUGGUUUUCUAUACCAUUUACCUUGGCAACAGCGGGAGGACUCACUUUCAGGGCCUUAGAAUUUGCGGCUGGUAAAUCAUUGUUAAACCAGGAAGAUAUUGAUAGAGGUCUAGUUUUACCCAGAGUUUUGACGUUAUUAAUGGGUAGAAAGGGGGCAUUCCUGAUGUAUCUACUUCUAUUGAUGGCCAUAUCUUCUACAGCUUCAUCAAAUAUAGUGGCAGUCGUGUCGAUAUUAACUUACGAUAUAUUUCAAAUUUAUAUCAGACCAUUUAGGCGCACGACUGAUAUAAAUAGCUGUUUAUUAUGUGGUAUGCAAAGAGGAAGAAAAUCUAACAUCAGAGAUAAAUGCAUGUGCGUUAGUAUGACCUAUUGCGGAGGCUGCAAAACAGACGACAGAGAUAUCGAAAGCAGUAAAUACAAUGCUAUAAGACCAAUCUACAAAUGCAGAAUUCAUGGACAUUUUAGGAAUUAUUAUUCCGAGAUGGAAAACAAAAAAACUUGGAUAAUGUUAUUUACCACUCUCAGUAUAUUGCCAUUAACCUUCGCUCUAAACAUAUUGCAAAUAAACUUGAAUUGGUUAUACCAGUUCAUGGGAAUUAUUAUUGGCAGUGCUAUUAUACCGGUGAGUCUCAGUAUUUAUUGGGCCCAUUUAACUUCUAAAAGCAUGAUCUUCGGAGCAUCUUUAGGAACAUUAGUUGGCGUGAGCGUUUGGGCUCUUAUAUCUUGGACUACCUUGGCCGUAGGUCGCAAACAAGGCAAUACAAAAUCUUUUAUCGAACGUUCAGGCGAAGAGUUUCCUAUGGUAUUAGGGAAUAUAAUGUCAAUUCUGACAAGCGGCAUAAUAACGGUUUCAUUGACUUUCCUCAAGAAACCUAAAAAUAAAGAAGAGAUUGCUGAAAUUUGGGAAAAUACUAGAGAUAUCGAUAAUCCAUUGUCACCCUGGGUAGAAGUUUAUGAAAAUGAUUUCGAUAUUAAGGAUACCCACUAUUUGAUUGAUAGGCCUACUUUGAGCGAAGUUAAAAUCAAAUUCAGCAAAAUCAAAAUAUGGGCUACCGUGAUGUCAUUUAUUCUGUUCAUCUGUAUAAUCAUUCUGUGGCCUUCUAUAGCAUGCACACUCAAAGUAUUCAACUACAAACAUUUCGUUUCCUGGAUAUACCUUUCCCUAACUUUUAGUUGGUUGGGAGCCACAUUCAUUAUUAUCGUACCAGUGGUACAAGAAGUUAUUACGUUUUCCCGCCAAUUCAUCAAGAUGAGAAAAACUUCGAUCAUGCAAUUCAAGAGAAAAUCUGUAAAUAAACAAAAAUUUACGCUGAAGUAAAUUACGAAAGUCUAUAUAAAAAAAUUCAAAGUCAUAUUAUUUAUAAUUAAAGCCUGAAAAAUAAUUUUUUA